ACAUGUAAUAUUAGCUCUUUGUCACUUGGAACAAAUUUUCCCUCCUUCAUUCUUCACAAUCAUGGUUCACUUGGUGAUUCAUAAUGAAGCCAAGGUUGCUGGUCCUAUCCCAUUCAGGUGGAUGUACCCAAUUGAGAGGUUAUUUGUGAAGGAAGUGAAGUCACGUAACAGAUCGCAACACCCAAAGGAGCAUGAAAUUAAUAAAAUGAAGAAUGAACAAUUUCAUUCAUGGUUUGCAGACCAUGUAUCCAAUUUGAAUGAGGGAGAUGUAUCCCCUAUGAUAAAGAUGCUUGCCGGUGGUCCAAAUAAUUAUGCCUCAAGGAAGGACAACUAUCCUGUUGAAGGUGAUGUUGAGCAUUACAGUGUUUUAGCGGAUGUAUUUAAGUCAGACUAUGAUGGUGGUAUCAAGGUUGUGUUAUUUAAAGGUGAUUGGGUAGAUGUUAGAACUAGGGGUCGAGGUAUUAAGAUAGAUGAGCUUGGUUUUACACUUGUGAACUUUAAACACUUGAUGUACGAAGGGGUGAGCAUAAGCCAUGCACCAUUUGUUAUUCCAUCUCAAGGGCAACCAAUAUUUUAUGUUCAAGAUCCUGAAGAUAAAGAUUGGCAUGUUGUCUUGAAAACAACACCAAGACAGGUGUUUGCUUUGGGUGACCAAAAUGAAGAUAAAGGAGGAGAAUCUAAUUAUGGCCAAAAUGAUAAUUUUUCAGGUUACAUUAUCAUGGGAAGAAGCAGGAAGAGGUUUGACACAAUCAUACUUUUGGCUGAGACAUCCAAUACUAGGCAAAAUGGGAGUGGUGAGAAUGCUAACAUAAAUGCUACUACAAACAGUCAAGAACCUACAGAUAAUAAUAGCAAUGGAGGUUCUUCUAUUAGAAGGAGAGGAAAAACAGUUCUUGAAGAUGUAUGGAGACUACCUGCUAACCAAAGACUUCGUGUUAGAGCAAAUAGAUUUGGACAGCCGGUGAAAGAUUCUACCAAAACAUUUACUAACUACAUUGGAGUAGAAUUGAAGAAGCUGCAGAGAAUUGAAGAAGCUACAAAACGAAGCAGGGCCUACCAAAAGAUUACCCACACCUCAGGCAGCAAAAGUUUUGUAAGGGUGGAAGAUGAACUGAAUGAGGCAGCCGGAAGCAAUGUAGGAAGAAUUAAAGUCUAUGAAGUAACCCACACUCGUACGAAUGGGUCCUAUCUUGACCCUGAGAUUCCUGUUUUAUUGGAAAAGGCAAGAGCAAAAAAGGCUGAAAGGUCAGGAACACAGUCAACAGAUUCAUAUCAAGAAGAUUUGGAAAUUAUGUCUGAGGUAUUGGGAAAUGAGCGCCCUGGAAGAGUACGAGGCUUAGGGUUGGGACCAACCCCAACACGAGUGUUUAGUCCUAGAGUUUCCACAAUCCACACGGAUGAAGAAUUUGAGAAGCUGCAAAGAGAGGUGGUUGAACAACGAGGAAUGAUCCAAUCCCUUCACGAAAAGUUAGAUUUAUUGAUGCAACACAUGGCAAUGCCUCAAGAUGUAGCUACAAAUAGUACUCCUGGUCAUCGGCGAGUACCUUCUUCUCAUUCCCGCCAUGGUGGUCUAGUUCUUGACUAGUGCCUUUCAUCCUCAAGCUUUUAGGCUCAUAUUAGUAACUACUUACGUCUUGGGUAAAUAUGAAUGGAGGUUGUUUAUUUUGAAUUUGAAUGUUAAUAUUUUAAGUUGUCAUGAAUUUAGUUAACUGUAUGAUGUUAAUUUCAAUAAUAUAUGAUUGAUACUUUU